GAAGAAACAUAUGGUAUUCGUUAAUGGUUACUUUACUUUUUAUUUGCUUUUGAUUGAAAACAAAAAACAGUUCAAUGUCCAGGGGAUUUAAAAAUUCUAUACCUAAGGGGUGGCUAGGAUGCCCACAAAAUGGUAAUUCUUUAGUAGCGGAUAUAUUUAUGCCCUUAAAAACACCUUUAGAUCAUAAAUAUGAUUCUAAACUACACCAAGAUGAUCGUUAUCAUCCAAAAACAAUAUUUACAAGAGCCGAGAGAAAUAAGAAAGUAAUAGGGCUUUGGAUAGACUUAACCAAUACAGAUAGAUACUAUCAUCCCUAUGAAAUUGAAGAGCGAAGCUGUCGAUAUGUUAAGUUAAAGUGUACAGGCCAUGGAAGAGUUCCCCCAAGAUCUGAUAUAGACAAAUUUUUAAGGUUAUGUAAGGAUUUUACUGAUAGGGAUCCUGAUCAAAUCAUAGCGAUACACUGCACACAUGGAUUUAAUCGAACUGGAUUUUUGAUAGUCAUAUAUCUUGUGGAAAUAUUGAACUAUGAUGUGAUGACUGCAGUCAAACUGUUCGCCAAUGCAAGGCCGCCUGGUAUAUAUAGAGAGAACUAUCUAGUUGAAUUAUUUAGACUCUAUGGAGAUGUUUCAAGGGCACCAAGAGCACCCCCAGAACCCUCUUGGUGCAGCAAGUCAUAGCAGUGAAGUUUAUGUUUUUUAUGUAAAAUAUAUUUAUGUUGUAUAAAUAAAUUCUUUUUGUAUUUUA